UGAAUAAUUUUGGUCACCAACUGACGAGCACUGAGUGUGAGUGUGAGUAAACUGUCUUCUCCUCGAACGAUCGAAGGCGUUUGAUUGCCCAGUCGUUUCAUGCCCUAGUCCGGGUCAUGCAAUUGUUUCUCCUCUGGCCGGAGGUAUUGUUAGGGUUUCUCAUGAGGCCGCGUAUCCGAGAGUUGUCGCAUGCUCCCACGGUUGAUCGUGCUUUCCCAUAUAUCGCGGGUGUCAAAAACGCUUUCGGACCGGGUCCUCCACUUUUCCACCAACGACCAUAUAUUCUUCUCCAACAUGAACACUAUUGUUGUUUUGUCAAACAGAUACAACUCUUGACAUAUAAUUACCAUCUCCUUGGAUACUCUUCUAGGUAUUCUUCAGCAUAAUGUCUUCAAUCUCACAAUACGAAAGCGAGUUACGCCAACUCUCAUGGCUAUGGGCCUAUUGCUACG